GUGGUAGCUGCGAGAUGGGAGCCGUGGCACGGGAAAUUCGGGCUGUCGUAUCCGUGGGACAAAUACAAGAGGAUAGGGGAAGUAGUGAAUGAGCUGGCCGCAGCCAUCCUCUCACUCAAAUGUUGUCUAAAAUCACCAAGACAGGCAGAACAAACCAACAGAGAAUCAAUCAAAGAGCCCUGCCAAGCCGCAGCUGCGUCGCUGGCGUGGACCAUCGGAGAGCUAGGCGACAGCAUUUGUGGGAUGCGAAGAUGCAAUCCCGAGACCUCGAUACUGCCGGAGUUGAAAUCGGCGAGGCUGGAGCUAAGCAGGGCCGCCAAGACGCCGUUUCAGCGAGGAUCAGAUAAAGGCAGCGACGCUGAGACACUUGGGAUGGCGAGCUUUGUAUUCGGGUUGAUGGAGAUCGUGGAGGUUUUGGAGCAACUGGCGAAGGAGGUGGAUGAGCUCGGCCAAACCGCCGGUUUUCAUGAAACCUAAUGAUGGUGACGAUGAAGAUGCUAGCUAGUACGUACGCAAUAUAAUCCGUCAAGAAAUAUAUAUAUAGCCGCGUGGGGAUCUAUUUUCAACUAAGGAAGAAGAAACCAAACUAUAUUGAUGUAUUGGGCCAAAUAUUUUUGGGCUCGGUCGGUCGAUGUUAAUGUAUUAACUCUCAUGCAGUACAAGAAGUAAAUAAAAUUGACGUGUGAAGUGUGAACCAUAACAUUUUAUGGUGAAAAAAAUAUAUAAUCGAGAAAGCAAUAAAAGGAUGUUGAAAUG